CACCUCUGUUACCCUCACACAUGUGCACUAUGCAGCUGCAGUGGGCGAUGCACGGAAUAAAAAUUUUAUUUAACGUCAGUGUUUCGGGAUUUUCAGAUGGUUCGCGGAUAUUCUCUUGCAUUUGUUGUGUUUUUAACCAGUGAUGCAUUCUGAUCUGUCGCCUCAUCUGCACACUCCAGAGUGUAACCAGCUGAUAAAUUUGUUGAAAAAGUGUCACGAAGAGAACCAGUUUGCGAAAUUCAUAGGAGUUUGCAACACAUUUGAUCAGCAGGUAGUGAAUUGCCUGCGUAAAGAAAGGCAAGACCAAAGUCGUCGGAAUCGGGAACAAGCCAAAGCUAAACAGCUCCUGGUCCAAGAACGUAUGCGGAAGUUUGACGAAGAAAAAUCGUAA